CCCAAGCCAGAGUCUCUACUUUGAAUUUUCUGUUUGGUUAACAAGAAAUUCAGCAGAAAAAUUUCUGGGUUUUCUUACAAUGGCACCCAUACCUUCUGCUAAAUCCAAACAAAUGUCUCUAACACCUUCAUCAAAAACCCACACAACUCAAUUAAAGACACCCCAAUCGAAGCAACGCCUAAACUUUAAUGUAACCAAACCCUUUCCUACCCCGAACGCAGUUAAAGAUAUCCCACCAGCAGAGCAUCCAGUUGAAGUAAUUGGCCGAAUCCGAGACUACCCAGAUCAGAAAAACAAGCCCAUCUCUGCAUUGCAAAUCAACCAAGACCGCCAAUCCCUUAGAGUUAAGACCGAUAUUGGGUUCAGAGAUUUUAGUCUUGAUGGUGUAUCUUUGUCAGAAGAAGAGGAUCUUGAUGGAUUUUAUAAAAAAUUUGUUGAGGAAAGGAUCAAUGGAGUGAAACUGGGGGCUAAAUGUACAAUCAUGAUGUAUGGACCUACGGGUUCAGGGAAGAGUCACACGAUGUUUGGAUGCGCGACGCAGCCAGGGAUUGUGUAUAAGUCUCUCAGAGAUAUAUUGGGAGAAGAGGAUGAAGAGAAUGGUGGUAAUGAUCAGAGGGUUGGUGUCGGGACAUUUGUUCAAGUCACUGUUUUGGAGAUAUACAAUGAGGAGAUUUAUGAUCUGCUUUCGACUAACACUGGUGGAGGGUUUAGUCUUGGGUGGUCCAAGGGAAGUGCUUCCAAGGUGAGACUGGAAGUGAUGGGAAAGAAGGCGAAAAAUGCAACAUUUAUCUCUGGAAAUGAAGCAGGGAAGAUAUCAAAGGAAAUUCAAAAAGUUGAAAAACGAAGGAUAGUUAAAAGUACCCUAUGCAAUGAGAGGAGCUCACGAAGCCACUGCAUGAUAAUUCUUGAUGUACCAACAGUGGGAGGCCGGCUUAUGCUUGUUGACAUGGCAGGUUCAGAAAAUAUAGAACAAGCUGGACAAAAUGGUUUGGAAGCAAAAAUGCAGACUGCAAAGAUUAACCAAGGAAACAUAGCACUGAAAAGAGUGGUUGAGUCUAUUGCUAAUGGUGAUUCUCAUGUGCCAUUCAGAGACAGCAAGUUAACAAUGCUUCUGCAGGACUCUUUCGAAGAUGAUAGAACUAAGAUUCUAAUGAUAUUGUGUGCAAGCCCGGACCCCAAGGAGAUGCAUAAGACCAUCUCGACUCUAGAAUAUGGUGCUAAAGCAAAAUGUAUUGUCCGUGGUCCUCACACAGCCCUCAACGAGAAAGGAACUGAAGAUUCUACAUCAGCAGUUAUUUUAGGCUCAAGAAUUGCAGCUAUGGACCAGUUUAUCCACAAACUACAGAUGGAGAGCAAACUCAGAGAGAAAGAGCGCAAUGAAGCUCACAAAGAGCUUAUGAAGAAAGAAGAAGAAAUCUCAGCGCUAAGGUCUAAACUAGCUUUUGUGGAAGCGAAGGGAUCUGGGAGUGAAGAAGAAAUCAAUAUGAAAGUAAAUGAGCGGACCCUGGCUCUGAAAUGCGAGCUGGAGAGGAAAAUUCAGGAAUGCGAGAAAAUGGCAAGUGAAUUUGUUGAAAUUGAAAGGAGAAAAAUGGAAGAAAAAAUAUUGCAGCAGCAACAGGAAGUUGAAAUGCUGAGGCGUCGCUUGGAGGAAAUUGAGUCUGAGCUUGGCCGUUCAAGGGAUGCAGCAGAUCUAGAUGGAUGUAGCUUCGCAAGCAAGUUGUUGAGGAUUUACGCAGACGAAGAUCCGGGAAUGGAGAAAUCAAUGGAUUUGGAUAAAUCAAUGGACAUGGAUAUGGGGAAACGAGAUGGCGUGGUUCACAAGUCAGAUAACAAUAUUAUGCAGGCCGUUUUGGGUAAUCCUUGCAUAAGCCAUUCAGAUGAAGACAAUCAUGAUGCAUUUGUGCCAAAUUUAACCAGCAAAGCAUACUUGAGCACUGUAUUUGAAGAAGAAGAGGAGACAGAUGAUAAACAGGACCUGGUGGAUGAAGAAGUGCAGAAGGAGGUAAUAGAAGAAAAGAAAGUUUGUUCUAGCAGGCUGGUUGACAGUUCUAGCCCCGGAUUUAACUUGAACACGGGUUCUUUGGCAUCAACACCCCUGAGUUUUGUAGUUACACCCAAUUUGUCAAGCCAGAAUCUGGAGAAAGUUGACUCUUUUAGAGAUGAUGAGAAGCAUGUGCGACUUGGAUUGCUGAGUGAGCCUGAAAAUGCCAAGGAUGCAGCCUCUUCUAGGCGGAUAAGAAUUCAAAAUAUAUUCACCCUCUGUGGGAAUUAUAGAGAGCUUUCUCAGCAUAAUGGAACCCCAUUUCCCACCAAAAAGAGGUUUGAAAAUUCUCAUACUCCAUCACCUCCAAUGAGAACAAUUGGAGAGGAUUCUGCUCCUAAAAACUCUUCUAAUAAACACUCACAACUUUCGAAAAGCAUCUCUAGGGAUUUGUUGGCAUCAAGUAAACCUGAAAACAAGGAGAGGUUUAUAGAAAACUCACUGAACAACAUCAGGGGUUUUGAUGAGAAAACACUGGAUACGAAGGAGAACUGCAACCGGUUAAGUGAGAACACUGAUGAUCUGGAAGUAUAUGUGAAAUGGGAGGCGUCAAAAGAAAAUCCUGGGAAGUUUGUCACCACGCUAAAGGUUGUAAAGGAUUCUACCCUUGCUGAUUUGCGGAAGCUAAUCGAAAUUCAUCUUGGUGCGGAUAAUCAAGCUUUCACUUUUCUUGUACUGGGGGUAUGUUAUUCUUCCCUUGAUUUUUAUAUAGUCCUGUGA